CAACCGCCAAUAAAGCUCAAAGAAGAGGAAGGCAAGAGUGCUGUGACGUUGGACGCAAAUACGUAGAGCGUAAGGCACGUUUGGGUCGAGGAGCGCCAUAGAGUUUGAAGAGGCCGGCUAAGUUGGUACACACCAUGUUUCGUCCCAAACCGACUUUGAAGGACCGACAGCACCUGUACAAGCUGAUCAUCAGCCAGCUUCUCUACGACGGAUACACCAGCAUCGCCAACAGCCUCAUCAACGAGGUCAAACCACAGAAUGUAGUGUCGCCCUCAGAGCAGCUGAUGCAGCUGGCAAAAACAGGGAUGGAGAAUGAUGAUAGCGCAGUCCAGUAUGCCAUUGGGCGUUCAGAUACAGUGGCACCUGGUGUGGGAAUUGAUAUGGAAUUUGAUGCCGAUGUCCAGACCAUGUCUCCGGAGGCAUCAGAGUAUGAGACUUGCUAUGUGACAUCCCAUAAGGGUCCAUGUCGUGUGGCUUCAUACAGUCGGGAUGGCCAGCUGAUUGCUACUGGCUCUGCCGACGCUUCCAUCAAGAUCCUAGAUACUGAACGCAUGCUGGCCAAGAGUGCUAUGCCUAUUGAGGUGAUGAUGAAUGAGACAGCGCAGCAAAACAUGGAGAAUCACCCUGUGAUUCGAACACUGUAUGACCACGUGGACGAAGUCACCUGCCUCGCCUUCCAUCCCACUGAACAGAUUCUAGCUUCUGGCUCCAGAGACUACACACUCAAACUGUUUGACUACUCGAAGCCCUCUGCAAAAAGAGCAUUUAAAUAUAUACAGGAAGCAGAGAUGUUGCGUUCAAUCUCGUUCCACCCAUCAGGGGACUUUCUGCUAGUGGGAACGCAGCACCCCACUGUUCGCCUCUACGACGCCAAUACCUUUCAGUGCUUUGUGUCCUGUAACCCGCUGGACCAACACACAGACACCAUCAGCGGGGUCAGCUACAACCCCACCGCCAACAGCUACGUCACCUGCAGCAAGGAUGGCAGUAUCAAGCUUUGGGACGGCGUCUCCAACCGCUGCGUUUCCACCUUUGAAAAGGCCCAUGACGGAGCCGAGGUGUGCUCCGCCAUCUUCUCAAAGAACUCCAAGUACAUCCUCUCCAGUGGCAAAGACUCGGUGGUCAAACUGUGGGAGAUCUCUACCGGUCGGACACUGGUCAAGUACACAGGCGCGGGGUUGAGUGGCCGUCAGAUGCAUCGGACACAGGGUGUGUUCAACCACACAGAAGACUAUGUGCUGCUGCCAGAUGAGCGCACCAUCAGCCUGUGCUGCUGGGACUCGCGCACGGCUGAGAGGAAAAACCUGCUCUCUCUGGGACACAACAACAUCGUCCGCUGCAUCGUCCAUUCGCCCACCAAUCCCGGCUUCAUGACUUGCAGCGACGACUUCAGGGCACGCUUCUGGUACCGCCGCACCACCACAGACUGAGACACACCCAGCCUCCAUGCGUCUACUCUGCCUCCUCUCUGAGAAGCUAACAGCAUUCUGGACUCUGCUGUCUCUAUGACCUCAGUGAACUCAUCACUUCAUUUUAAUUUCAUUUUAAUUUCCAAUGGAACUUAUGUGGACAGUAUCUAGAAGAAUGUAAGAAAAGGGGGAGUUGUCAUUGCACCAUCUUAAGAGUAAAGCCCUGUUUCUCUUUUUGAUAACAUCACACUAAACCUUUGUCUUAUUGAAUUGAAAGUUGGACCUUUAAAAAUCUUUUCACUGUUUGGAAACCCUUCUCACAUCUCAAAUUUCUCAGUUCAAUGUCAUUACCAAUUGUCUUUUCCACUUUUAUAUUUUGUUUAAGUCCUAUUGUUGCACUUCAGGUUUUUAUAAAA